GACUGUUUAGAAGUUCCAUCUAAAGAACCAUAAAAAUGGAAAAGAGGCAAGCGAGGGAGAAACCACAUGCGGAGUGGGGUUUCAGCUGGGGUGAAUCAACGGCGGGUGGGAGAAGCCAUAAUUGGUGAAGGUAACGCAGGAAACGGCAACAACAGCAGCAGCAAAAGCCGAGGCGGCAUGGCUGCCUCUACUAACAACAACAACAACAAUAGUAACAAUAACCCCAACAGACCUGCUUGGUUGCAGCAAUACGAUUUGAUCGGUAAGAUCGGUGAAGGUACUUAUGGUUUGGUCUUCCUCGCCAGAACAAAGUCUCAACCUAACCGAGGCAAGUGCAUCGCUAUCAAGAAAUUCAAGCAGUCCAAGGAUGGCGAUGGUGUUUCUCCCACCGCAAUCCGUGAAAUCAUGUUGCUGAGGGAGAUUAAUCACGAGAAUGUUGUUAAGCUUGUUAAUGUUCACAUCAACCACGCCGACAUGUCACUUUACCUGGCUUUUGAUUACGCCGAGCAUGACCUUUAUGAAAUUAUUAGACAUCACAGGGAAAAGGUCAACCAUUCUAUCAAUCAGUAUACAGUUAAGUCAUUACUCUGGCAGCUGCUCAAUGGGUUGAACUAUCUCCACAGCAAUUGGAUUAUACAUCGGGAUCUAAAGCCAUCAAACAUUCUGGUAAUGGGUGAGGGAGAGGAACAAGGAGUGGUUAAAAUUGCUGAUUUUGGUCUUGCAAGGAUAUACCAAGCUCCUCUGAAGCCAUUAUCAGAGAAUGGGGUUGUGGUAACUAUUUGGUAUCGUGCACCUGAGCUGCUUCUUGGCGCUAAGCACUAUACAAGUGCUGUUGAUAUGUGGGCUGUUGGAUGCAUUUUUGCUGAGUUAUUGACUCUGAAGCCACUUUUUCAAGGGCAAGAAGUCAAAGGCACACCUAACCCUUUCCAGCUUGAUCAACUUGACAAGAUAUUUAAAGUAUUAGGCCAUCCCACACAAGAUAAGUGGCCUACGCUUGUGAAUCUUCCACAUUGGCAAUCUGAUCAGCAACAGAUCCAGGCGCAUAAAUAUGACAAUCCUGGUCUUUCUAGCGUAGUGCAUCUCCCUCAGAAAUCUCCUGCAUAUGACCUCCUAUCGAAGAUGCUGGAUUACGAUCCCCGCAAGCGUAUAACAGCAGCACAAGCCCUUGAGCAUGAGUACUUCCGUAUUGAUCCUUUACCAGGGCGCAAUGCACUGGUACCUUGCCAACCGGGGGACAAAGUCGUGAAUUAUCCUGCUCGUCCUGUGGACACUACUACAGAUUUCGAGGGAACAACCAGCGUCCAACCUUCUCAACCGGUAUCAUCUGGCAAUGCAGUUUCUGGGAGUGUAGCAGCUGCUCCUGUGGUGACAGCUAGGCCUGUCCAUCGGCAAAUGCCGAUGCUGCCAGGCAUGCAAAGGAUGCCUGGUGCAGGCAUGGCGGCUUUCAAUCUUGCUUCUCAGGCUGGCAUGGGCGGGGCAAUGAACCCUGGCAGCAUCCCAAUGCAAAGGGGUGCAUCACAGGCUCAUCAUCAUCAGCAGCAACAACAGCAGUUGAGAAGGAAAGAUCCCGGAAUGGGGAUGACAGGAUAUCCUCCGCCCCAGAAAAGACGCUUUUAAGGAACAAGGUUCGUUAUGCUUCCACAUGGUGUACAUUGUUCAUACAGAAGAAACUUAUUUUAGACUAUAAUUGCGCAUAUGCUAAAUGUAUUCUAUGGAGGCUGAGAACCAGACAACCAGUAAUUGAACCUGUUAGCUACAUUCAGUUGCUAGGAGUCCUUACCUCCUGUGCUUUGUUGAAGUUGAUAAGCAAUAUGUAAGCACACAGCUAUUGAUUGUUCUACAUGAACCCCUCUGGAUGAACCUUGAUGAGCGAGGCGUUUCAUGUUGUACCAAAAUCAAGUUUAGCAAGUCAGUCUAGUAACUCUAGUCUGUGUCAUAGGACUCCCAUCACCAUAAUGUAUCUGGGCAUGGGAAGGGAUCUGUAUCAUCUUUGUUAGUUACCAGCUAUGUUAUUAUAGUGCUUAACCAAAGAGAAAGUAUACAUUUUUUGUGAUAGGCAAUGAACCUUGUAUUGUUUAAAUAUUGUACUUUUACAGAAUAAUAUACUAACCAAGGAGAGAAGCAAUUCCGCUGUA